AGCCCCGGAGAGGCGAUCCCAAACAGAAUCCCAGAGACCUCCAGCAUCCCAGAGAGCUCCACUGUCAUCCCACAGAGCUCCACUGUCAUCCCACAGAGCUCCGGCAGCAUCCCAAAGAGCUCCGGCAUCCCACAGAGCUCCGGCAUCCCCCGCACCACGCGCAUCCCAUGGACCACGGGCAUCCCGCGUUCUCUGGGAAUGCCCACGGCGGGAUUGGGGGCCGACUCGGACGAGCACAGCGCCGACGGGCCGCGGCUGCUGCUCUACUACAUCGUGGGCAGCCUGGUGGCCAUCCUGCUCCUGCUGGCGUUCGCCCUGGCGCUCGUGGCUUGCAGGAAAAGGGCGGCCAGGAGGGAGAAGCCUCCGGCCAAAAACGCGGCCGAUAAUUAUUGCUGGGUGCCCGAGCAGCCCGAGAGCCGCGGGGAGCGCAGGUAGGAGAGGGUUAAAAAUCCCAGUGGAAGGGUGGGAGGGAAUGCUUUGUGCCCAAAGUGAGCUCCUCGGGCUGUUCCAGAGGGAUUUGCAGCCCUGCUGCUCCAAGGGUUAACGAGAUGGGAGAGGGAAUGGGGUGGAAUUUGUCUCCUCAGCUCUGCUCCAAAAGGCAAAUUCGGAAUUGUUGGAUCACGUUCCUAAAGGGAAACUGCUCACUUGGAAUUCUCCUGCAGCCCCUUGUGCACUGCUCCCUCUGGAUUUGCCUCAUUCUCCUGGAAAAGAGUUUGAAGCUGGGAUGGAAAAGGGUUUGAAAUUGGGAUGGGAAAGGGUUUGAAGCUGGGAGGGAAAAGGAUUUGAAAUUGGGAUGUGCUUCAGCAGAGCUCGAACAGGCCCCUGCAGGCACAACCAGGGUGGGGUUUAAGGGUUAUUUUUGGAGUUUUAUUAAAAAUCUGUCGCCUGAAACCAGGGAGAACUGCUCAUCACGGAGCCAAGGAAUGGCAUAAAGGUAGGAAAAGCUGUGUUUGGAGUAACCACCUCCUCAUUUCCUGAGUAUCCUGCCUAAAUCCACUUCUAAACAGAGAAAACAAUGCUCUCCUUCCCAUCAGCCACAUGAGAGGCUGGGCUUUUCCUGUUGGAUCAUUUAUUUUGGGAAGGAUCCUUCCCGGCUCCAGGCUGAGCAUGUUUUCCCUCUCUCCCUGUGUAAGGAACAUGCUGAAAUUGGAAUACUUGCUGAUUAUUCCUUGUAAAACCUGUAACUCCCGAAAAACUCUCUGGGCCAGGUUGCUCCCCAGGUACUUCCCAAAACUCCUUGAGCCUUUUCCAGCGGGAAUUCUGCCCAAAAUCCUGAGGGGCACACCCAGCAGCACCUCCUCCAUGAUUUAUCCAUGUUGUGAAGGGCUGGAAAAAAUCAGCCCCGGGAUUUGAAGGGUCCAGCAGGUUCCUGAAGUUUCUGCUGGAGUUAUUUUGUCCCUGGAGCUGAAUUGCUCCAGGAAUGGGAAUAGAACACAAAGGAGUUUGUGGUGGGCAGGGAGCUGCAUCCUGUCAUUCCAUGUGCUGAGCAAAACCCUUUCCUGCUUUUUUCUUGUCUUGGGGCUCCAUUGUGAGCUGCAAACAGGAAAAUGGAGCUGAUAGGAAUGUUUUCCUUGUGCUGCCUGGGUUGGGAGAAAGGGAGGGAAUGCAGCACAGGAUUCUUGGAAAUCCUGCUGAAAGUUCCCAAAUCCCAAGGCAGCAGAGCAUUGGAAUUAUCUGGAUCAAUGAAGGGAAUCCCAUGUAAUUAUGCUGGAUUGGGAUCUGUGGGAAAUUACAGCCUUGGGGUUUUUUAUGGGAUAUAAGGCCAUAAAAAAAGGAAGGGUGAGGGUGAAAUCCAAGCUGGGAAAAACCUGAAGUGUGUUGUUUAUUCCCCAAAAAAUCAAAAUCUUGAUUUCUGUUGCAACCUCUGUGUAUUCCAUUGGGGAAUGAUGAUGGAUCUAGGGGAAGACAGGGAUUUGUGUCAAGGUUAGGUUGGAUUCUCCCUAAUGGAAUGUUUCCUGCUGUAGCCUCCUCCCUCCUGGUGCAAUUCCACCUGGAUCCAGCCUCAUGUCUCUCAUUUUUCCUGCCACAGCUUGAUCUGUGGCCUCCUUAGGGAGUUGUCCAAGGACUGGUGAAUCCCACAAGUUGGAGCAGGAUAAUUUGGUCCCCUGUCUUCCCUAGGAGAUGGGAUGUUCAUCCCGCUCCUUGGAAUUUUUUGUCGCAGAUGAGUGUUUUGCUUUCUCAGAAUGAAACUCUUGGAUUUACAGGAUAAAGUUAUCCUAACAUCUGUCUCUGGAUGAAAUUCCAAGAAGACCUGUAUAAAAAUGUGUUUGCAGUGGGUUUUAAUAAAGAUGUUCCUAAAAAUC